AGCGAGCUUUUGGUACUGAGAAUGGGAAGGCUCGAAUUUUUACGGUACUCGCCUAUUUCUAUCCAGCCUCCCAGCUCUUUGCUCUUCUAGUGCACCUAAUCCACCAAUUACACAUCACGAUGGCAUCGUCAUUUCAGGGAGACAACUUAGUCUCGGCUUCAUUCCAAACAGCGACAAAACCGAUCUGUAUGCAGACCAUCGUCGGCAAGAAAUCGGCAUUGUCUCAAGACGUCGAGGAAUUCCGUGGCGUACCUUACGGCUACGUGCCUGGAAGAUGGGAGCAUUCACGACUGAGGGAGCGAUUGCCAGAUGAUGUUUUAGACGCCACAAAAAAUGGUCCCAAGUGUCCUGCGCCAGGUGCAGCUGAUUCGCGAUCAUUCCAAUCAUACUUGCCUUUCCCAAAUGAUGGCGAAGACGAGUUUGCAUGUUUGAAUUUAUUCGUUGUCCGACCAAGCCAGGAGGCAGUCGCAAAGCUCUAUGACACUUCCGAGCCGGUCAAAUUACCCGUCAUGAUAUGGAUUCACGGUGGCGGUUUUGCAGAUGGGUCAUGUACCGACCCCGUUUGUGAUCCCUCCCGAUUGGUACUCCGGGCUCUUAAUAAGGGUACGCCUUUCGUCGCUGUUGCCAUCAACUACCGUCUUAAUAUCUUAGGCUUCGGCGCCUCGUCCAUCAUGCUUGCGGCGCAAGAUUCCGAGGCCCCUGUCAAAGGUGUAAACUUUGGCCUUCACGACCAGAAAGUCGCUCUUAUCUGGAUCAAACAUCAUAUUGAAGGGUUUGGCGGUGACUCAACUAGAAUUACCAUCAUGGGCCAAUCUGCUGGAGCAACAUCCUGCCAUGUCCACCUGCUCGAGGCUGAGUUUGGCACAAAGAAGCCUUUGUUUCAGAAGGCUGCCCUGAUGUCGGGUGCUUUUGGUGGCCUUGAUGUAUCACUCAUCGAGAAGGCAGAUGAGCGCUGGGAGAGACUCUGUCGGUGGUUUUCGAUCCACGAACUAAGCCCAAUGGACCGUCUAGACUUUCUCAAAACGGUAGCCACUCACGAAUUGCUUCGCGCCGUAUCAGAGCUUUGUUGGAGGUUCUUCACUCUCGUAAUCGACGGUCUGACUAUCAAACAGACUGAUUCAGAUGGCAACAUCUCCGUGCUUCUUGGACACGAUGAUGUGCAAGCACAUUCUAAAGUUAUCGGGGACGAUGUUCAGGUUCUGUUGGGCGCGACAUCUCAAGAAUUCCAUGGCUUCGCCCGGAUGGCAAACUGGAACUUCGAGGAUUUCAACACAAUUUUCAGACCUUGUUUUCCAUCACACGAAGUCGCUGAAAGUAUUCUAGAGGCAUAUGGCAUCGUACGCACCUCCCGUAGCGAAGUUGUUCAAGAUGGGUUAGCUCAAUUUAUCUCUGACGCCACUAUGACAUACACCAAAGUUCACUGCGCCGGCGAGCUUCUCAAGGCUCACCGUGGGAUGCGGCAAACACCUUCCCGCCCCAAUCCUAGAUGCAAUAGGAUCCAUCGGUAUCUUGUGGAAUUUGGUAAUCCUUUUCUCGGACCGAUGCACGGGAUUGCUCAUCAUGGGGUGGACUUGAUCUACUCAUUUGGGAAUUUCGAAACUGCAUUGGAAGAUUGCGAUCGUGGAAUACCAGAAGGAUACGUCGAGCCCGGCCCAGACACACCGGACCAUUUAUUUCCCCGCCAUUCACCCACUGCUGUAACAACUUCCUCGGUUCUAUAUCGCCAGCAAGAUCAUCAAUCGAACCUGGAACUGAGUCGUCAAAUGCAGGAUGAACUCGUGGAUUUUGUCGUACGAGGGCCGUGUUGUUCUGACGAUUGCGGACAUUCCGAUCAAAUGAAGCUUUAUUGUUCUGAUCGAUCAGCACGCAUGGAAAGUUGGACUGAUGGCGAGAAGUGGAGAGUUAGGAAAGAAAGGUACGAGGUUUUGGGGAAGGAUACGGCUUCCAUGGUUUUCGCCUCAAAGAAACUCGUUGGGAAUGUUUUGAACAUGACAUUAGAAUAGCAGUUAUACACAGUGGUGUGCUACCAAAUGUAGCGCAGUUCAACCUUCAACAGCCACUCAAAGCUUUGCGAGUAGCCAUCAUCGCCGGUGAUAGAUACAAUUUUACGAAGAACUCCAUCAGUUAUUAUUGCGGACAGGAAGCAUGAACAGAUCCGAAGAACGAUACAAUAUGUAGGCCUCGUGCUGUAGAUAACUACUUUCAAUAUGAUCAAGACGAUACAGAACUGGGUAGCCCACCUGCACCGGGCGGUGGACCAGGAACCUUUCCAAUGUCUUCUUUGUUUCGAGUCAGAAACGCGAGUGGCAACAUAGGGGCCCACACAGCAAUGCUAUCUGGUGAAGCUGGCUCGCGC